UUCCGUUUCCGGCCGGUUUAGCAGGUCAGGAGGAACCGAGCGGACUUUUACAGAUCACCAUGAGCGCUGUUACGUCCAGACUGUCCAGGCAGCAGGAGCAGAAGCUCUGCUCCAUGCUGGGCUGCAACAGACUCAGCCUGCUGUUCAAAGCCAGCGUUCAUGGCUAUACAGGAAAUGCGUUCCACCAAAAGUGUGAUCGUCAGGGUCCCACGGUUACAGUAGCGUACAAUAACUCUGGGUAUAUUUUCGGAGCGUAUACCAGCAAAGAUUAUGCCCAGUCAAACCAAAACAUUAUUGAUGAGAAAGCCUUCCUGUUCAGCUUUAACGAGCGAGAGAUGAAGAAGGACCCUCUGCGAGUGGUUAGCGGAGCUGGACAAUAUUCUCUCUAUGAUGGACCAGCAGGUCCACAUUUCCACUCCUUGGUGUUUCUCUACAAUGAUACAGCCACUGUUUACAGCAAUCCACGAAAUUAUAAUUUUGAUCCAGUGGAGAUGCAUGGCAACGACUUACAGCUGGUCGAGUGUGAGGUGUACAGAGUGGAGGGUAGUGGAUCAUUCAUGGAGAAACCAUGGAGAAAUGUUUUGUGGAAUUUUGAGAGGAGAAAGGCUCUGAUGGACAUGAUCACAGGCUGGAAGCAUGGAGCGAGCUCGGUGAAGCAGGCUCGUGUUCUGCUGGUUGGUCCUGUUGGAGCUGGAAAGUCCAGCUUCUUCAACUCCAUUAACUCAGUGUUCAAGGGCUACGUGUCCAGCCAGGCCAACACGGGCAGUGCAGGCACCAGUCUGACCACACAGUUCCGUACCUACUCCAUAAAGGCAGGCAAGGACGGAAAGCUUCUGCCCAUCACCCUGUGUGACUCUAUGGGGCUGGAAGAGGGUUUAAACGCUGGACUGGACAUCGACGACUUCACAAGCAUUCUGAAAGGUCACAUUCAGGACAAGUAUCGGUUUAACCCAUCAAUGCCUCUGCAACCAGAGUCCCCUUCAUUCCUCAAAGAGCCCAGCCUGAAGGACAGGAUUCACACCGUGGUGUACGUCAUCAACACCUGCAAAGUCAAACUCCUCUCUGACAGAAUGAUCGAGAAGUUGGCAGCCUUCCGCAGGAAAGCCAACCAGAUGGGAGUCCCACAGCUGGUUCUGCUGACCAAGGUGGAUGAGGCCUGUUCUUCUGUGGCGGCGGAUCUGAAGACUGUCUAUCAAAGCCUUUACAUCCACAAAAUGAUGCAGGAGAUCAGCGCAAGUCUGGGAGUCUCUCUGUCCGCUGUGGUUCCGGUGAAGAACUACAGCCAGGAGCUGGAGCUGGAUCCUCAAACUGACAUCCUGCUGCUGAAUGCAGUGAUUCAGAUGCUCAGAGCCACUGAGAGCUUCUUCGAUGAUCUUCACCAGGAGGAUAAUUAGACCCCAGACUGCAGAUGAUACUAAGUGCUAGAUUUGGCUGGUUUAAAGUCAGGCUAACUCAUUCUCAGUCCAGCAGUGACACUGAGGUGUUUAAAAACUCCAGCAGCACUGCUGUGUCUGAUCCACUCAGACCAGCACAAC